UGUGUACACUCAAUAUUCUCCUCGAACUGUCAGUUUGUUUGUUUACUUUGAAAAAAGGAAUAAAUAUUUAGCAAAUUAUUAGAUAACUAUAUUUUACAAAAAAAACAUACCCUUUGUAAAAUAUCUAUCGCAGUGGAUCUGUGGAGACCGUUGUUGUAUUAUUCAAUUAUUUGCAAAAAAUGAAUUGAGAUUCAUCUUAUUCAGUUAUCGUUAUUAUUAUCUUUUUAAAUUAUGGCGGAUGAGGAAAGUUACUCAAUGAAUGAGGACGUUUCAAAAAAUAAUCCAGUAAUAUCAGAGACCUCAAACUUUGAUGAACCUCAAGAUACUGCUUGCGUUGAAACAAAUUUGUCAGCAAAUGGAAAUCCACAAAUAUCUGCUAAAGAUAAAUCAAAAAUUGACAUUUUACUAAAAGCCGCUGGUGAUGCACCAAUAAUGAAGAAGAAGAAAUGGGCAGUAAAUCCAGAUAAGCAUAUUGGAUCUGUCGGAGAAUUUAUUAAAAAAUACAUCAAAUUAGAACAGAACGAAAAAUUAUUUCUCUACAUAAAUCAAACGUUCGCUCCCGCUCCAGAUCAAACAGUCCAAAACCUCUUUGAUUGUUAUGGGACCGAUGGAAAACUAAUUAUUCAUUAUUGUAAAAGUCAAGCUUGGGGUUGAAAUAUGAAAAGAAGAAGAAAUGACAAAAGUAUUACAAUAUUCUUUUAUUUUAAAAAUAUUUGUAACUUUAAACAGUGCUGAUUUAUCAAUUUAAAUCACUAAUUUCUAUAUAGAGAUAUCAGUAUAUACAUGUUAUUACGUCAUAUCGUGUACAAAUCGAUUAUAAUAUUAUCAUUUUAUAAAAAAAAACGAUC